GAUUUUUCAAAAGUAUUAAAGAGUUUUAACAAGUAUAAGAAUAAGCAAAACAAAAGUCAAAAUGGUAGCAAUUGGUAUUGAUUUGGGAACAACAUACUCCUGUGUGGGAGUCUUUCAGCAUGGCAAAGUGGAGAUCAUCGCCAAUGACCAGGGCAACCGCACAACACCCAGCUAUGUGGCGUUCACCGACUCCGAGCGCCUCAUCGGCGAUGCAGCAAAGAACCAGGUUGCCAUGAAUCCAAAGAACACAGUAUUCGAUGCCAAGCGAUUGAUUGGACGCAAGUAUGACGACCCCAAGAUCAUGGAAGACAUCAAACACUGGCCAUUCAAAGUGGUAAGCGAUGGAGGCAAGCCGAAAAUUUGCGUCGAAUAUAAAGGGGAGAACAAACGUUUUGCGCCAGAAGAAAUCAGUUCCAUGGUGCUCACCAAGAUGAAGGAGACAGCCGAGGCAUAUCUGGGCACAACUGUCACAGAUGCAGUCAUCACAGUUCCCGCAUAUUUCAAUGAUUCACAGAGGCAAGCAACGAAGGAUGCCGGUCGGAUUGCUGGUUUGAAUGUGCUGAGAAUCAUCAACGAACCCACUGCAGCCGCAUUGGCCUAUGGUCUGGACAAGAAUCUGAAAGGUGAACGCAAUGUGCUGAUUUUCGAUUUGGGCGGCGGUACCUUCGAUGUAUCCAUUCUGACCAUUGACGAGGGUUCACUGUUCGAAGUGCGCGCCACUGCUGGCGACACACAUCUUGGCGGCGAAGAUUUCGACAACCGACUGGUGAAUCUCCUGGCGGACGAGUUUAAGCGCAAAUACAAGAAAGACCUACGUUCAAACCCCAGAGCGUUGCGUCGUCUACGUACAGCAGCUGAGCGAGCGAAACGUACCUUGUCAUCGAGCACAGAGGCCAGCAUUGAGAUCGAUGCGCUCUUCGAAGGAAUCGACUACUACACGAAAGUGUCAAGAGCACGCUUUGAAGAAUUGUGUGCCGAUUUGUUCCGUCAGACACUGGAGCCAGUGGAGAAGGCGCUGAAUGAUGCGAAGAUGGACAAGAACCAGAUUCACGACAUCGUUUUGGUUGGUGGCUCCACACGCAUUCCAAAGGUACAAAGUCUACUGCAGUCGUUCUUCUGUGGCAAGAGCUUGAACCUUUCGAUCAAUCCGGACGAGGCGGUGGCAUAUGGUGCUGCUGUCCAGGCAGCUAUUCUUAGUGGAGACAAGAGCAGUGAAAUUCAGGAUGUUCUCCUAGUCGAUGUGGCGCCACUGUCAUUGGGUAUCGAAACGGCUGGCGGCGUUAUGGCGAAAAUCAUUGAACGCAAUUGCCGAAUUCCCUGCAAGCAAACGCAAACAUUCUCCACCUACUCGGACAACCAACCUGGCGUCACCAUACAGGUGUAUGAAGGUGAGCGCGUGAUGACCAAGGACAACAACCGCUUGGGCACUUUCGACCUAUCAGAGAGAGAGCUGGAUGCGAAUACGUUGGCCGACAAGGAAGAGUACGAAGACAAAAUGAAGACACUAACACAGCUUUGCACACCAGUAAUGACGCAGUUGCAUAGCGGUGGACAAGGAGCUUCCUGUGGUCAACAGGCAGGCGGCUUCAAUGGUGGACGCAGUGGUCCCACUGUUGAGGAAGUAGAUUAAUGUGUAGCAGUUAGCAAAU